CUCGCCGGCUCCUGCCCGCAGGCCGCGAGCGCGACGACCGGGACGACCAGGCGGCGGCGUGGGCGCCAGACUGGGCGAGAUAGACUUACAUGUGUGGGAAACCAGACCAGAAACACUUCUGAACUAAGAGCUUGAAUUCUGAAGUGUGGAAAGCACUGAGUCCUGAAGAUGAGUGAACUUGACCAGCUGCGGCAGGAGGCCGAGCAACUGAAGAACCAAAUCAGAGAUGCCCGUAAAGCAUGUGCAGAUGCGACUCUUUCUCAGAUCACGAACAACAUUGAUCCAGUGGGAAGAAUUCAAAUGCGGACCAGGAGAACCCUGAGGGGGCAUCUGGCCAAGAUUUAUGCCAUGCACUGGGGCACAGACUCAAGGCUCCUUGUCAGUGCCUCUCAGGAUGGAAAACUCAUCAUCUGGGACAGCUACACCACAAACAAGGUUCAUGCCAUCCCUCUGCGUUCCUCUUGGGUCAUGACCUGUGCAUAUGCUCCUUCCGGGAAUUACGUGGCCUGUGGUGGCCUGGAUAAUAUCUGCUCCAUUUACAAUCUGAAAACUCGUGAAGGGAAUGUGCGCGUGAGUCGCGAGCUGGCAGGACAUACAGGUUAUCUGUCCUGUUGCCGGUUCCUGGAUGACAAUCAGAUAGUUACCAGCUCUGGAGACACCACCUGUGCUCUGUGGGACAUCGAGACCGGCCAGCAGACAACCACGUUUACUGGACACACUGGAGAUGUCAUGAGCCUGUCCCUUGCUCCUGACACCAGACUGUUUGUCUCUGGUGCUUGUGACGCUUCAGCCAAGCUCUGGGAUGUCCGAGAAGGGAUGUGCCGGCAGACCUUUACAGGACACGAGUCUGACAUCAAUGCCAUAUGUUUUUUUCCCAAUGGCAAUGCCUUUGCCACUGGCUCAGACGAUGCUACGUGCAGGCUGUUUGACCUUCGUGCAGACCAGGAGCUCAUGACCUACUCCCAUGACAACAUUAUCUGUGGUAUCACAUCUGUUUCCUUUUCCAAGAGUGGCCGCCUCCUCCUUGCUGGGUACGACGACUUCAACUGUAAUGUCUGGGACGCCCUCAAAGCUGACAGAGCAGGUGCUGUCAAGCCAUGUGUGUUGGUGAUUGUGAUGGUUCUGUUCCCAGGUGUCUUGGCUGGACAUGACAACCGAGUCAGCUGCUUGGGGGUGACUGAUGACGGCAUGGCUGUGGCGACGGGGUCCUGGGACAGCUUCCUCAAGAUCUGGAACUAAGGCCAGGAGCAGCAGGUGGAUGGAUGCCACGGUGACUGGAAGACCAUUCCAACCUUGAAGCGUUACAGCGAUAGCAUAUCCUGUCCAACCAUACUAACAUGGACACCCACACCUCCCCUCAGAACUUCAAAAGGGCAAGAUCUUUUUCCUUCACUUACUGCUGAAACCAAGAGCACAACUCCCAUUAAGAGAAGGAUCUCUGUGCUGUAAACAAAGUGUGCAUUCCUUCCGGGGCCGGUGUCUGUUUCUUUGUUGUUGUUGGGGGGUUAUUUUGUUUUUGUUGUUUGUUUGUUUGUUUUGGGUGAAUUUUAAAGGAAUACUACAAUAAAAAUGUUACCCAGAAGGUAACCCUGAGUAUGAUUGUGAGACAGACACGCCUCUUUACCAGUUCAUUUGGAUCUUAGAUCAGUGACCCUGCUCUGUGGCAUUCAUGAAAGACUUUGCUUCUCUGCAAUUGUUUCUAAAUAUAAGUCAUUUGUAGCAGGACUUUGGAAGCAUUCAGAUUUCUUUCUUAAAUAUAUUCCUUUAUGUUCAAUAAUUAAGGGAACCAGAGCCUAUGAUAGUCUCUGACUUAUCAAUGAUGCAUUUUUAUCCCUGGCUUGCUUGGGGUUUUUUGUUGUUUUUCAUUUGGUUUGGGGGGCUGGGGGGGGGCUUGCCUUUUUUUUUUUUUUUUUUUUUUUUAAGUCUCAUGUCACAGAUGACUGUUUCGCACAAACACAGCAUAGUGGAAGAAAAAAAAUAAAUCAGAAGCAAAGUAGCCAAGCACAUGUUACAAUGGCCACAAAUGCUUGGUCCGAACCCUUCCUCUUUGCUCAGCAGUGAACUUAUUCCCAGCACCCUUCCCUCCUGACUUGUCCUCCUCACUGUCUAGUUUCUGCUCUUACCUUGGGUUUUCUGUGAAGUUGGAGGGAAGUUUGUAGUCAUGUGACACUAGCUGUCCUACCCCUGCUGUCAAGAGAUUUGUUCUCCAGAGAGGUGCCUGUCCUGUGCUUGGAUAGUCAGUUGGUUAUUUGUGUAUGAAACAAUGUACAAAUCAAUGUUUUGAAAAUAAUGAUCUCAGACUUUCUAAGUUAAAUUUUAAACAAUUUGAUUGUUUGCCAUAUUGGGUGGGUUUACUCUUAGAAUCGCAUGCUGUAGAAAUGCUCUAAAGUGCAUAUAGGACUCAGUCCUUAGAUGUUCCUUUUCUUUUAAGAAAUAACCUCUUCAAGUUGUAACCGUGGCGGCUUUGUCCAUUACUGUUGCUGCUCUGCACACAUAUCGGAAGCAGCGAGCGCUUGACACACUUGAGUAGUGGGAUAAGUCACUGUUUUCUUUCUUUAAAAAAACAGAACAAACAGUCCUGUUGGGAAUGAUUGCUGUUGGAUUCAGGAGGGGAGGGGAAAGCCGCUCUGCUGCCUCUUUGCCACUUCCUGGAAGCCUGCCUCCAUGGAACAGCCUUUUGCAUCCGAGGCAACCAUUUUUACUCCAUGCGGAUCUUCGUGGCUACCAUCUCAAGCCAUGCUCAGCAGCAGCGUUUGGACAGCAGUGUUCUGUGGGCCCUUCCCUCUCCCUGUAUCCUGCACCCCUCAUAGCAGUAGUGGCUUCGCCGUUCUGUUUUCUGCAGCGUCCUGUACAAAACUGUGCUGUGACUGUGCGGUAGGCCUGGACCUGGCAAAGAAUACAGCGAAGCCCCUUCUCUUCCUACCCAACGACUCUGUAGAGCUCUCUGCACCCUGUACCCUUUUCACCUUUUGUAUUUAAUUUUAAAGUCAGUGUACUGCAAGGAGGCUGGAUGCAAGAUAGAUACUAUAUUAAACUGUACUGUUAUUUAAGAUGUAAUAAAGCAGUUUGACAUGAGG